CUCAAACAUGAGACAGUAAUCUGGAGAGGAGCCGGACCCUAGAAAGAUAAGAUUUUCAUUUAGAGAGAGAGAGAGAGAGAGAGUUAGAGAGAUAUGAGAACAAGGAGGGUUAGAGAGAGAGUUGUUGAAGGCAAGAACAUGAGAGUUGUGAAGCGAAGGAGAGAUUUCACCGCCGAACGAUCUCGCCGGAAUUCCUCUGAUAUCGCUGGAAAGCGUGACUUGUUUGAUUCCUUGCCGGACGAUCUCGUCAUUUCCAUUCUCUGCAAACUUAGCCCCUCCGUUUUCGCCAACGUUCUCCUCACGUGCAGGAGUUUAAACGGUUUAGGACUCAAUUCCUUAGUGAAGCCCGAUUCUCGUCAAGGAAUCGUCAACAAGAUAAUGGAAACUUUGAAGAGGCAUCUCCAUGUUUCUGGCCAAGAGGGAUUAUAUGUCCUCGGGAAAUUUGCUAUAAGGUUUGAGGAAAAGAUUUAUACUGCUGCCACAAACCAGUCAGAUUAUCUUGCAAAAAUAUUUCUGAAAUUGCUUACAUUGGAAACAUCUCUAGAUUAUUCCACAGCUCAGACAGGGCAUGCAAAUGGGGCUGGUUGGCAAGAGGAGGUCUAUCAAAAGAUCGAAACCAUGAAGGACUUGUACUUGCCUGAAAUAAAUGAAAUGUACCAGAAAAUUGCUGCUAAAUUGCAGCAGCAUUAUGAUUCUCUUCCACAACAAUCAACGUCAGAUCUGCUUGAGAAGUUGAAAGUAUUUAAGAUUAUGUUGGAGCGUAUUAUAACAUUCUUACAGGUUUCCAAAAAUAAUAUAUCACCUGGUUACAAGGAGAAGCUGGGGUCAUAUGAGAAGCAGAUAGUAAAUUGUAUAAAAGCAUAUUGCUUUAAGAAGCCUGCACUGCAGCAAGGACAGCUUCCUGCGCCUCAUAUGCAAACCAUGCAACAGCCACCUCAACUUGCUCAAAUUCAGUCUCAUGAAAAUCAAAUGAAUCCUCAGUUGCAAUCAAUGAACUUACAAGGUUCUGUUCCGACAAUGCCGCAGAAUUCUAUGUCAAGCCUGCAGCACAAUUCUGUGUCUUUAUCUGGGGCUUCGACGGCACAGCCAAACAUGAUGAACUCACUACAACCUGGCUCCAAUUUGGACUCAGGACAAGGAAAUUCUCUGAGCUCUUUGCAGCCAGUGACUAUGGGAUGUCAUUGAAAGUGCGCAAGUAUGUGGGAGCUCUAAUUGUAACUUGUCCUUUUGGGAUAUCACGUAGAUGUAAAACAUCCCCAUGUGGUGACAUUAGUAGCUUACUUUAACACAAGACUAGGUCCAGCACAACCAAUAAUCAUGUGAAAGACUAAAUUUCCAUUUCAGAUUGCUUACUUUUAAAAGUGCCAUCCGUUUUAAUUA